CCUUCCUCGGGCGCCAUGGGGUCAUUUUGCAGCAAGACCAAGUCCAAACCCCCCCAAGCCGUCGCCUCCCACAGUCACUCGCCGCGCCCCCCUGCUGCUCCUCGAAAGGGACCUGCCCCUCAGCCCGGAAAUUCCCCUCGACCUAGGACUAAUUCGGAGCACCAGCCGGUCCCGCAGGAGCUCCAUGUCCCAGCCGCAGGAUCCGAACCCAGAGCGCAGGGAUCACAGUCUUCGCAAGAGGACCCUAAGCCACACGGAGACCCUAAGCCACACGAAGACCCUAAGCCACAAGAAGAAUCUAAACCACAGGAGAAUCCUAUCGUACAAGAUCCUAAACCACGUGAGGACACCCAGCCACAGGAGGAAGCCACGCCACAGCAGAAUCCCAACGAAGAGGACACCAAACCUCAGGAGACCCCUAUCCCACUCGAAGAUCCUCACCCACAGGUGGACCUAACCACACAAGAGGAUCCUAAACCACAGGAGGAUAUCCUACCGUCUAAGGAUACCACACCACAACAAGAACCGAGGCCAGCAGAGGAUCCCACUGAAAUACCAGACCGAGUUCCAGCCGCCACGCCCAUCGAUGCGGACAGCCAGGAAUCUUCAAGCAACAAAAUGGCUGACGCUGCUGUUAUUGAGAAGCUGGAGGCUGGCUUCAAGAAACUUGAAGCCGCCACUGACUGCAAGUCUCUCCUGAAGAAGUACCUUUCCAAGGCUGUCUUCGACCAGCUCAAGGACAAGAAGACCUCCCUGGGAGCCACCCUCCUCGACGUCAUCCAGUCCGGUGUGGAGAACCUGGACUCUGGUGUUGGUAUCUAUGCUCCCGACGCAGAGGCCUACACCCUCUUCGCUCCCCUCUUUGACCCCAUCAUCGAGGACUACCAUGUUGGCUUCAAGCAGACCGACAAGCACCCCAACAAGGACUUCGGUGAUGUGAACACCUUCGUGAACGUUGACCCCGAGGGCAAGUACGUCAUCUCCACCCGCGUCCGCUGCGGUCGCUCCAUGGAGGGUUACCCCUUCAACCCCUGCCUCACUGAGGCUCAGUACAAGGAGAUGGAGUCUAAGGUUUCCUCUACCCUCUCCGGCCUUGAGGGCGAGCUCAAGGGUACCUACUACCCCCUCACUGGCAUGAGCAAGGAAGUCCAGCAGAAGCUGAUCGACGACCACUUCCUCUUCAAGGAGGGUGACCGCUUCCUGCAGGCCGCCAACGCUUGCCGCUACUGGCCCGCCGGCCGUGGCAUCUACCACAACGACAACAAGACCUUCCUUGUCUGGGUCAACGAGGAGGAUCACCUCCGCAUCAUCUCCAUGCAGAUGGGCGGUGAUCUCGGCCAGGUCUUCCGCCGCCUCACCUCCGCUGUGAACGAGAUUGAGAAGAGGAUUCCCUUCUCUCACCACGACCGCCUGGGCUUCCUCACUUUCUGCCCCACCAACCUUGGCACCACUGUGCGCGCCUCCGUCCACAUCAAGCUGCCCAAGCUUGCCGCUAACCGCGAGAAGCUUGAGGAGGUCGCUGGCAAGUACAACCUGCAGGUGCGCGGCACCCGCGGUGAGCACACUGAGGCUGAGGGCGGCAUCUACGAUAUCUCCAACAAGCGCCGCAUGGGUCUGACUGAGUUCCAGGCUGUCAAGGAGAUGCAGGACGGUAUCCUUGAGCUCAUCAAGAUCGAGAAGGAGAUGUAAGAAGCUUACUUUUAGUUACUACAGUCAUUUCCGGCUCUCAACCCCCUAUGGGUGGGGGCGAGCUGGCUUUAACUGUGGCGGUGUAGAAGGAGGGAGCGCCCUUAGCCAUGGUCUUAGAUCCUAACGGAUGAAGUCCAAGGAGAAGGGCGUACCGGAUGGAGUGAGUCACCCAACUGUGAGAAGCUCCGGUAACAUUCCAGGCUACCCGGAGCUUUUGGGGGGGGCGACAACUGUAAAUACCACCACGUACAUGAUUGGUAAUGCUACCCCCAUCUAUAAUCACAAAUAUAUAAAUAAAAAAUUAAACUUA